UGUGCUGUGCACAUCUCUCUGUGCAAAUUAGUCUACUAUACAUGCUUUAUUUUAUUAAUUUAAUAUUUAACUCGUGUUAUCUUAUUAGAAGAAAAUAAGUAUUAUUGGAUCUUAAUUAAUAAAUCUAUCACGCUAGUACUCACAUACAAAUUUUAUUUAAACUCUGUAACAUGCUUAUGGAUUUGACUGAUGAGCUUGAACAAAGCGAUAGCGGAAUGGAAUCUUUGACGGCGAGCAAAGAUGAUACUCCAGAACGUAAUCGUAGACCCGAAGAUUCCUUUAUAACACCAUCGCUAGGAUCUUCUCCCAGCGCAAGCACACCUCUCAGUGGUCCUGUGAAGGAGUAUGAUGACGAGCCAGAUGAAACUUUAUCCGAACGAUUAUGGGGAUUGACUGAAAUGUUCCCUGAAUGUGUAAGAAAUGGCACCCAUACAGUCACUACAAAGACAUGGUCUGGAGUUAAAUCUUUAUAUGGCAUCUCUCGCUCCGUUCUUUGGAUAGUCGCUAGUUCCUCAGUAAUCUUGUUUGCUCCUGUCAUCUUCGAAGUAGAAAGAGCUCAAAUGGAGGAAAUGCAAAAAACACAACAGAAACAGGUUUUAUUGGGAACCAAUGCUGCCUUGUCAGGACCAAUGCCGAAUUUGCCGCCCAUACCCCGAUAAUGUACCAAAGUCAAAAAUGUUAUUGAUACCAUCUGUUUUCAACAUUAUUAAUGUCUAGAAACCUAAUUGUCAUGAAUGCUUUAAUGUUAGUUAGUUUUAUGUAUAGAACUGUUAUGUAACAUGGAAUUAUAUUUAUCACAAUCUGAAAUCAAAUUCUAAUAUAAAUCCUUAUCAAAAUAUCUAAAUAGCUCUAAAUUGCAUUUAACCUAAAUCUAAUUAUAAAUAAUGCAAACUUUAGCUUAAAUAUAGAUUAGAAACAUUGUUUAGCAGUUUUGUUUAAUGAUGAUGUUUUGGAAAGAAAUUAAUGUAUGUAUGCAUAUAAUGAAGUGGGGAUAACUUGUCCUGAUUAUAAAGUUUGGGAGUCAUUAGUCUAGAAAUAAAGGCACUGC